AUGGUCAAGUCCAACGACAGGCCGGUCACCGACUGGGUGGAUGCAAGUCCCAUCUCGAUGCAAGCCACAGGCAUGGAGGCGGCAACACGCAUGGAGGGAUCUCGGCUGGUAGACCACGUCGCCGCUCGGCGUCGACUGUCGCCGUGGAUGCGCGAGCUCGUCCUGCUACUCGCCUCUGGCGACGUGACUGCAGACGUGGUUUUGCGCACCAUCGAUGUGGAGGUCGCGACGACCGUCCCUCUUGUGCCAUCAACUGCAACGUCGCCGGUCUUUAUCGCCCUGCAAGAGCUGCUCUUCGCUUCCAUCGGUCAGCGCUGGGCCCCCGAGCUGCUCUGGAGAGGCCUCGUCUGGCCUCUAACGACAACGAUGGUGCCACCCGCAGUCCGCAAGGAGCUGCAGGCGCUGAUACACGCCCACGGCUGCACCGUCCUUCUCCCUCUCUUGCUCUCUGUCCUUGGUGCCCUUGGCAUCUCGUCGGCGCCGCCGACGUCCGAUGACCUCGAUGGGCUCCUGGAGACGCGCGCUAACGCGCAUCCACUGCAGUGGGCCAUUAUCUGUGCCGCAUUGCCUCGAAGCCGCCAGGUCCAGCAGCAGUACCGCGCUUGCUACGUCGCAGCCUGCGAUCACACCUUUCACACCGUUGGCGAAGUGCAGCGCUACCGCUACGUGGGCUUUGACGUCGACGGAACGUUGGUGCAAUAUCGCACGGAGCGCAUCCUCCGCGACUCGCUUGCUGCCAUUGCGCGCCGCCUUUUGCUAGUCUACCCGACGCUGCAAGGCGUGUGGCCGCCACGAUGGCUUCCCGCCCUCGCCCAGCGCUCUGUCGCAAUCGACGUGGAUGCAGGUGAUUUCAUUGUCCUCGGAGACGACGGCAGCUCGAUCCUCGGCGCCUUCCACGGCUCGCGCGAGCUCGUCGAUAUCAACAACCUGCGCUUCUCGACACUGGUAUACAUGCACACGCUGCACGACGUGGUGUUCGCCCCGCUCUUUGCGUGGCUUGUCGACGCCGUGGACAGUGGCCACCUCUCGAAAGCGUCCCUGACGUACGCGUCGCUGGCCAGCAGCGUCCGGCUCGUGGCCUACCAGUACAACGCCCAAGAAUUCGAGCCCGCCCUUGUCGCGACGCCAGCAAAGUACAUCGUUGUGGCCAAAGCCACGGCCGCGAUCAUCAAGCAGCUUGCGACGCGCCACACGCUCUUUCUCAUCACCAACGGGACAUGGGAGCAUGCGAACCACGUGCUCACUUUCGCGCUGGGCGGCGCGUGGGAGCAACAUUUCGCGCUAGUCGUCACCGAAGCGAGAAAAGACUCAUUCUUCACCUCACGACAACCUACGAGACCCUUUCAGCACCUGCGGCCGGAUGGCAACCGCUGUCCGGCACCGAGCCCGUUACCUCUGAGUGGUCGCUACUGUGGUGGCCAUGCGAGCAGUCUGCACGCUGCAUUCGGUGUUGCCCCGAAUCAAGUAGCGUACGCCCUGUAAGCUGCAGACCUUUCGAGGUGGUAGGUAUGCUAUGUGGGCGACCACCCCGUUCAAGACGUCGAGCUGCCCCGUGCGUGCGUUGGCUGGGACACGAUCGCGCUCCUUGAGGAGCUGCGCCCGUAUGUACGCUCCUGCUGGCUGCCAUAUGCGCCCUAUCCGAGAUGAGGUAGAAACAAGAGCCGGCGCGAUGGUCUUGGCUCUGUCGCCGGCAUAAGACCGCGCCGGACCCGGCGACGCCACACCAGCUGUGCUACGUGCGCGACGUCCAAAGCGCCGUGGGCGCGCGCCUUCUCGCGUCCAGCGUCAUGUGUAUCGGUUCGAUUGACGAGUUACGACGAGCAUCCACCACUUGCUUCGCGAGCCGUCGACGUACACGAGCUCGAUGAGGCGCAUCGCGAGGGUUUCGCGGAGCUGCUUGAGGUACCCGCGCGU